GAGGCGGGCAGGUAUAAAAGUGCAAGGCGGGCGGCGGCGUCCGUCCCCACUGCAGAGCUGCUGCCGGAGAAUCGUUUUAAAGGGCCCGCGCGCCGCCGCCCCCUCGGCCCGCCAUGCUGCUAUCCGUGCCGCUGCUGCUCGGCCUCCUCAGCCUGGCCGCCGCCGAGCCCGCCGUUUACUUCAAGGAACAGUUUCUGGACGGAGAUGGAUGGACCCAACGCUGGAUUGAAUCCAAGCACAAGUCAGAUUUUGGCAAAUUCGCUCUCAAUUCCGGCAAGUUCUAUGGUGACCAGGAGAAAGAUAAAGGAUUGCAGACCAGCCAGGAUGCCCGCUUUUAUGCUCUGUCGGCUAGAUUUGAGCCCUUCAGCAACAAGGGCCAGACUCUGGUGGUGCAGUUCACGGUGAAGCAUGAGCAGAACAUCGACUGUGGGGGCGGAUACGUGAAGCUGUUUCCUGAUGGUUUGGACCAGGCGGACAUGCACGGAGACUCAGAAUACAACAUCAUGUUUGGCCCUGACAUCUGUGGUCCUGGCACCAAAAAGGUUCAUGUCAUCUUCAACUACAAGGGCAAGAAUGUGCUGAUCAACAAGGAUAUCCGUUGCAAGGAUGAUGAAUUUACACACCUGUACACACUGAUUGUGCGGCCGGACAACACCUACGAGGUGAAGAUUGACAACAGCCAGGUGGAAUCGGGCUCCUUGGAAGAUGAUUGGGACUUCCUGCCACCCAAGAAAAUAAAGGAUCCUGAUGCUUCAAAGCCAGAAGACUGGGACGAGCGGGCCAAGAUUGAUGACCCCACAGAUUCCAAGCCUGAGGACUGGGACAAGCCUGAGCACAUUCCUGACCCUGAUGCUAAGAAGCCUGAGGACUGGGAUGAAGAGAUGGAUGGAGAGUGGGAACCGCCAGUGAUUCAGAAUCCUGAGUACAAGGGCGAGUGGAAACCCCGGCAGAUUGAUAAUCCAGAUUACAAGGGUACCUGGAUCCACCCGGAAGUUGACAACCCUGAGUACUCUCCUGAUCCCAGCAUCUAUGCUUAUGAAAACUUUGCUGUACUGGGCCUGGAUCUCUGGCAGGUCAAAUCUGGCACCAUCUUUGACAACUUCCUCAUCACCAACGAUGAGGCUUAUGCUGAAGAGUUUGGCAACGAGACGUGGGGCGUCACGAAGGCAGCAGAGAAGCAAAUGAAGGACAAGCAAGAUGAGGAGCAGAGGCUGAAGGAAGAGGAAGAGGACAAGAAGCGCAAGGAGGAGGAGGAGGCUGAGGACAAGGAGGAUGAGGAGGACAAAGAUGAAGAUGAAGAAGAUGAGGAGGAUAAGGAGGAAGACGAGGAGGAAGAUGCUGCCCGGGCCAAGGACGAGCUGUAGAGGCCUCGCCUCCCGCCUCCAGGGCUGGACUGAGGCCUGAGUGCUCCCGCCGCAGAGCCGGCCGCGCCAAAUAAUGUCUCUAUGAGACUCGAGAACUUUCCUUUUUUUCCAGGCGGGUUUGGAUUUGGGGUGGAUUUUGGUUUUGUCCCCCCUCCCCUACUUUUUUUUUUUUUUUUUACUGGUGUUUUGUCUUUGAUUCUCAGCCCUUGCCCCUGGUUUUCAUCUCUUCAUUGACAUCUUUCCCUGCCUCUGCCCCCUUCUCUUCCUGAAUCCCUUAGCUCCCCUCUAGCCCAGGGGCUGCAGUAUGGAGGAGAAGCUACAGGCCUGAGAUUCCAUCUGCUCUUUUCCUGGAGCCCAGAGGGGGGCAGGAGAAGGGGUGAUGACCCCAGCUCCCCAGCACUGAGGAAGAAUGGGGUUCUUCCCAUCUCCCCCUUCUCUUUCUUCCCUGACUGGGCCACUUCUGGAUGGGGCAGUGGGACCCAGCUCAGCUCACACUGAGAAUGUAAGAACUACAAACAAGAUUUCUAUUAAAUUAAGUUUUGUGUCU